AUGGAGGGUGUUGUGGUUCAGAAUGGAGCACAAGUGUUACCAGGAUCAUGGGCACAUAACCAAUUCGCAAGAUACGAAAACAAUCAAGGAAAUUGGAUGGAACAAAUGAGAGGUUCACUUAUGAUAGUAGCAACAGUUAUUGCAUCCUUAACUUUCCAAAUUGCAAUCAAUCCACCCGGUGGUGUUUGGCAAGAGAAUUCGAGUAUUCAACAAGGUUGUGCUCCAGGCCAAACAUGCAAAGCUGGUACUUCAGUUUUAGCUUUUGGUGAUAGUGACCAAAAGACUAGAUAUGAGCUUUUUUUACUUUUGUGUACUAUAUCUUUCUCGGCUUCUCAAGCGAUAAUUGUGUUGCUCAUAUGUGGAUUUCCUCUUCGGAAUAAGUUUGUUAUGUGGUUUCUUAUACUUAUUACGUGUCUCUCAGUGUUUUGUACGGCGGGUGCUUAUGUGAUUGCGAUUUGGAUGAUACUAAAUCCGCUUGAUGGAAUAUUUUAUAAGGUAAAUUUAUAG